ACGCGAUUUCAUCGCGAUUUAAUCAAGUAAACGCUGCUGAGAUUCAGGUUCUCCUGUCUAUCACACGGCGAUUCCCGGUUAGAAUGGUAUCGGACGAUUCGUUCGCGAGUGUCAUCCGCGUGAACGUCGCGCUGCUGAGACUCUCCGGCGUGGUGUCUUAUAAGAACGGGCUUAUUCGUCGAUCGAGCUCGCAGAACAUUCUCAGCGCGAUCGCGUACGGUUGUCUGUUCGCGUACUCGGGCCUCUAUACGUACGAAUUCGCGUUGCACACCAUCCACCUCGACAUCUGGAUGGAAUCUUUCGCGAUGAUACUCUCCCUCGUGGGCGGACAGGUGCGAUUCACGAUUCUUUUAUUAUAUCGGAGCAGGUUUCAGCGAUUACUGACAGUCUGCGAGGAACUCUGGACGGCGUUGAACGCGACCGAGAAGAAGCACGUGCGCGAUUACGUGAAAAGGACGAGGCAUUUGACUUAUUAUUAUUUAUUAGGAUGCGUGUUCACGAUCUUUUUCUACGCCGUGGCAAGUCUCUUCAUGGGACAGCAUGAUGACUCGUUGAACGCGACGAUGAGAACCCUGCCGUACGCCUGUCCGAUACAAGUCCAUCGGUCGCCUUAUUACGAAAUAAUGUAUAUCGCGCAAUUGUGCAGCAUGAUAAACGUCGGUCUCACCUGCGUUGCCACGGACACGGUCGGACCGGUGCUCGUCUUGACCGUUUGCGGCCACUUCAAGGUUCUUAACACACGAAUCUCGCACCUGACCGAACGCUACCAAGAACAUUCAGAAGUACAUGCUGAAAGAUCGCGUUCAACUCCCACGGAAUCGUUCGAAAUAAUCCGUGAGGGAAACGACGGCGACGUGUCGAAAAAUCGUGUGAAACUUAAUCUUGAAGCCUGCGUGCACUAUCAUCAGACAAUGCUCGAACUUUGCAAAGAAGUCGAGAGUCUAAAUGCCACCAUCUUUUUGACGCAACUGCUCGGUAGUACGUACAACGUCUCUCUUGUGGGAUUUAAACUAGCGGGGGAUGAUCCUGAUAAGUUCAAAUAUACAACACAACUGUUAAUUGCAAUGAUUCAACUAUUUUUGAGUAACUGGGCGGCGAAUGUUCUUCUCACCGAGAGCCAGGAUGUAGCAAGAGCGAUAUACUUUACGCCGUGGUAUCGUUUUCCGUAUCAACUAAAGAGAUCUCUAAAUAUUAUUACAAUGAGAUCUCAGAAACCAGCGCAGCUGACCGCCGGUUACAUCAUACCGUUAUCCUUGCAAACAUUCGCGUCUAUGGUGUCAUCCGCGGCAUCCUUUUUCACCAUGAUACGUAGUAUGAAUUGACAACUUUAUCGAUGUAACUCGAGGUACAUAUUAUUUUUGGGUAUCGAGUAGAACCCGCGCGAUUGUUAAUGCUUACGAUUGUUAGGAUCAAAUAAAUAUACAAAAAGUUAAUGUACAUAAUGUAUAUGUUAAUAAAAAUUAAUAUGCAA